AUGGCCUCGGAUGCUCUCCUCCAAUUCCGCGAGUCCAUCUCUCAGUUUUCCUUCACCCCUUCAAAGCACUCAACUGAUAGGAACGGGGACAACGGUAUCUCGUCGCCGAGACGUUCCAAGGACCUCAAAAGACCGUCGAGUACCCCUGCCCUAGCUAGCAGUUCGCCAAAGAAGAGAAAGAAGAGAGCGUAUGCGCCUCCAGAGACCUAUGCAAAUCUACGUCAAGUCAACGACUACCUCAGAGAAGAUUUAGACGGUAAUACCUCUGCAACUCUGUUGGGUUUUCGCUCACAGGUCGACAGUGGUGUUUUGUGGGAUCAAGUAGCGUUGUCGUUGUGGCACCGAAUCUUCUUUCACCGUCUGCUUAGUCCUGGACGAAAAAGCGCUGAAUCAGGUCAUCAUUAUGGGAAUCCUUCGAAUCACUUCUGGUGGUGUCUUCAUGCUUCAGGAUUUACUGACGCCAAAAUAUCGCCAAACGACGAUUGGAGUCUCCCAGAGCGGUUCUCUCUCGGCCUAACUAACCUCGUGGACCGUCCAACCGCUGAGCAAACCGAACUCUCUACGGCUGAGCAGCUUGCCAGCGUUCCUAUCUUUCUUGAGAAGAUAGCCCGAUAUCGACCCUGCGUUGUUGUCUUUGUUGGUAUCAGCAUCGCAAAGGCAGUCGAGACUAAACUAGGUGUAAUGCAUACUGCCACCCAGUCCUGGGGGAUGAGGUCAUUCAAACUAGUUCACCCAAACCCCUCGAAGUUUGCAGAGACAAUUUUCUUCGCAGCACCAAGUACUUCUGGUUUGGUCACACAUUUCAAGCGUCCAGAGAAAGGGAGAAUAUUCGGCGAAGCACGGAAGCUCGUCGAGGAUCUGAAAGCAGGGAAUAUCUCCACAGCCAACAUGACCGUCGUAAAACCUCACCAAAUCGCUCCGCCGCCCAAAUUCGAUCUCGAUUUGUCAACUUUACUCACACUUCCCGAGUCACUGGUGGUCAAGGAGGAGAAAGAAGAAAGCGCGCUAAUACAAUAA